AACAGCUUGAAUGUACGCCUGCCCGCGACGGGCUGCACGCCGCGCAGCACGCCAGGCAGCCCGCCGGGCUGCGCAGCGCGCGUGUGAACGUAGCAUAAGAUAUUUAUCAUCAUGCCUGACAAAUCUCGUUUGGUGUGCUACUUCGGGUGCAUCAAUGAUGGACCGCUGCAUCAUUUCCCCAAUCCAAAAGGCCAGAGUGUGGCUAUUAUUGAGAGAUUUGCUCAGUGGAAGGCUAUAUUGGAUACGGCGACUCAGGAGAGGGGAGAUAAAUAUAUUUAUAAUCAUAUACUACUGUGUAAUGAACACUUUUUGGAAUGUUAUCGACUGCCCAGCCGUCGCCUUACAAAUAACGCUGUACCUACAAUAAACUUAUUCAAGGUUGACAGAAAUCAACACUUCACAGCUGACAUACCUGGACCUACUGAACAACAACGGCCGACAUUGGCACCUGCUGUCUUUUCACUACCCUCUACAUCGGGUCUACAACCAUCAACCUCUCAAAUGCCUGCACAGCUUGUUGGUUCAAAUCGGAAAACUCGUCCGGGCAAAAGCAAUUCAAACAAAUCAAUAUAUAAACUGCAAUUACAAUUAGAGAAACUAAGACAAAAAUGUAAAAAUAGCAAACAACAAUUACGAGCCGCAAAAAAAAUUUCAAUGAACAAGGCAUUCCUCUCUACAAUAGAAAAGUUACCAGAGGAAAUAAAAAUUUUUACAAAAUUACAAUUAAAAUAUAAUGCUAAACCAAGGGGGAGACGAUUUUCCAAUGAGGAAAAAAUAAUGGCACUUACCAUUCUAAAACAAAGCCCCAAGGCUUAUAGCCUUUUACAAAAAAUGUUUGUGCUGCCUUCUAAGCGUUGUUUGCAGAGCCUAUUAAGCGCAUUCACUUUGGAACCUGGCAUAAAUAAAAAUAUAAUAAAUGAUUUAAAAAAAAUGGCCAGCAGAUUGCCUAAUGAAAAAAAGCUGGUGAACUUACUGUUCGACGAGGUGUCCUUGGCCGCUGGAGUAGAAUUUAAAGCCACAACUGGCAAAAUUAUUGGAUUUGAAGAUUUUGGUGACUAUAGAAAUAAGACACUCGCUGACCAUGCACUUGUCUUCAUGAUCAAAGGAAUUAAGAGCAAAUCUAAGCAGCCCAUUUGCUUUACAUUCUGCAAAGGCACUACAAAAGCGAAUGAUUUAAAAAAUAUAAUUACAAGAGUAAUAAAAGAAAUAAAUUCAACUGGUUUAAAAGUAAUUGCUACAAUUUGUGACCAAGCCGCUACUAACGUAAGAGUGGUGCGGCAAUUACUCGCUGAAACCAGAGAAAAAUACUUGAGGAAAGGCAUGGAGUAUUACUCCAAAGCAUUUGAAAUUGAAAAUUCAAAGAUAUUUCCUCUAUUUGAUACGCCACAUUUGCUCAAGGGAGUCAGAAAUAAUUUGUUAGAAAAAAAUGCUCAGUUUACUCAGAAUGGGGAAACAAAAAAGGCUAAAUGGGAACACAUAGAAAUGUUGUUAGAAUUAGAUGAGGGGGAUGAUGAAAUAAGACUUGUCAAUAAAUUAACAGAAAAACAUGUUAUCAAGAACAAAAUCCCAAAGAUGAAGGUCAAAUACGCAGCCCAAGUCUUCAGCCAGAGAGUGUCUAGCGCCCUACGAUUUUCAUCAAAACACAAUAUACUUCCUACAGAAGGCCAAGAAACUGCAGAGUUCCUUUUAAUUUUCGACAAGUUAUUUGAUUCAUUUAAUGGUCAUUCUUAUGAAGGAUCACCUAAGAAAUAUAAGCAAUGCUUGACAAAUUAUUCACCCCAUUUCCAACUGUGGAAUGAAAUGUUGCCGAUUUUAGAAUCAAUUAAAUUUGAAUCAGUAGUUAGAAAAAAUAAUUCUGUGUUGAUUAAACAUGAAUCAGUUCCGUCUGUUAAAAAUUGGAUCCACAAUAUACAUACAUUUAAGGAAAUGUGGCAAUAUUUAAAUAAAAGUUUUAAAAUCAAUAAUGUUAUCACCCGAAAUUUCAAUCAAGACCCUCUGGAAAAUUUCUUUAGUAGUAUAAGGAGUAAUGGUGUGCGUAAUGUGAAUCCAAAUUGUAAUCAAUUUACCAAUGCAUACAAAACUUUACUGAUUAAUAAUUUUAAUUCUGUGCAUUCUGUUGGAGCUAAUUGUGAAGAUGAUUCUAAUAAAUCAUUUCAAUCAAUUAUAAAUCUGCUUGAUGAUAAAUCUGAUGAUUCGAAUAAUGAUGAUUUUGCAUGUGACAUUAAUCCUUUAUUAAAUGUAAUGAAUGAAAUUAAAAUUGACGAUUCUUUAAUUCAUAUUGAGUCAAAAAAAUAUGUCACAGGAUAUAUGAUUAAAAAAAUUAAAUCUAAAAUAUUUAAAAACUGUGGUGUUUGCAUGCGUGAUUUUUGUAGAUCUGAAGUUGAUUUGCAAUCAUUCAAUUAUGAAGUUGAUUAUACUAAAAAAUCUUUAUUUCAUCCCAGCGACAAAUUUAAUCAUUUAAUGACAGAUAUUUAUCACACAAUUGUUGCAUGUUUACGUGAUUGCCCAGAAUCAAAUUUAUUGAAUAAAAAAAUCAAAUAUAUGAUUAAUUGUGCAUGUGAUUAUAACGUUAUAACUUGUAAGCGACAUAAAAAAGCACUAAUUGAGUUUAUUAAUGAUUUAUCAAUUAAGUUGAUUAUACACAGUUGGUGUACAGGGGUGAAUAGGAUUUUAAAUGGAAAAAUUUCAAAAUUUGAUAAGAAUGACCAUAUCAAACAGCAAGCACUUGAAUAUUAUAAAAAAAGACUAAAUAAAUAAAUAAAUAACGAAAUAUACAUAA